AUGGAGUCAAUAACAACAUCAUCAGCACCCUUUGUGGUCUUCACUGGGGCACAUGAUUCUCAUCCGUCGCUGGGCCACCUGGUUCUGCUCGUCUUCGAAGCGGUGAUGCAGGUAGUCUGUGUCAGUCUUCCAGGAUACAUUAUCGCGAGGCUGGGCCACUUCGACGCCGACAAGCAGAAGUUCCUCGCGAACCUGAACGUGAUGCUCUUCACGCCAUGUCUUAUCUUCACGAAGCUCGCCUCCCAGCUCAACGCCGACAAGCUCCUCGAGCUUGGCGUUAUACCAAUCAUCUUCGUCAUACAGACCCUCGUGUCGUACUGCGUUUCGCAAGUCGUGACCCGGCUGUUCGGUUUCAACAAGAGGGCCUCCAACUUCGUCACGGCCAUGGGAGUCUUUGGAAACUCCAACUCGUUACCCAUCUCUCUCGUGAUCUCGCUCUCGCAGACGCUCAAGGGCCUCCACUGGGACAAGAUCCCCGGCGACAACGACGACGAGGUCGCCGCCCGCGGCAUCUUAUACCUGAUGAUCUUCCAGCAGCUGGGACAACUGGUACGAUGGAGCUGGGGUUAUCAUGUACUUCUCGCGCCCAAGGAGAAGUACGAGGAGUACCACAGCGAGAGAGCCGAGGAGGGUCGAUUCGCCGGUGACGCGAUGGGCAGUGAGGAAACAGACAACCUGUUGGACUACAAUGAGGAGGAUGACGAGGAGAAUGAGGCGCAUAGGAGCGGCGACUCAGACAUCUACGAGCCAGCUGGUCGCACGCCGGUGGCGAACAUGUCGCAAUCAUCCCUGGCCGACCUGGACGUCCAUCGCGACGGCACGAUCGCCGAGGACAUCGACGGCACCCAGGAUGAGACCAUUCUGUCCUUCCCGCGCAUCCGCAACAGCGAUGAGCCGGAGCUGCCGGACGGCAUCAGGGGUGUGCCGGAGCGGUUGCAGCGCUGGACCAAGCUGAGAAAGGCUGCCGCAGCGCAGGCGCUGGUGCGCAGGCGCCAGGAGGCAUAUGCCCGUCUCCCGCCUACCCUCCAGCGUGCCGCCGACCUUACACGGCGUGCCGGCAGCAAGGUCAACACGUUCCUUUGGGAGUUCAUGAACCCGCCCCUUUGGGCUAUGCUUAUUGCCGUGAUCGUUGCCUCGGUCCCGGACCUCCAGCGGCUCUUUUUCGAGGAAGGCUCCUUCAUCAAGAACAGCGUUACCAGCGCCGUCAGCUCCAGCGCGGGUGUCGCAGUCCCGCUCAUCCUAGUCGUGUUGGGCGCCAAUCUCGCGCGCAACACACAGAGGCGUGAUGGUGAGGCCGCAGACCCGGAGGAGGCCCAGAUCGGCACCAGGCUGCUGGUCGCCAGUCUCCUCUGCCGCAUGCUCCUGCCGACAGUAAUCAUGGCGCCCAUCCUGGCAGUCUUCGCCAAGUAUGUGCCGGUCAGCAUCCUUGACGAUCCGAUCUUCGUGAUCGUCUGCUUCCUACUCGUCGGUGCGCCCAGCGCCCUGCAGCUCGCACAGAUCUGCCAGAUCAACUCCGUGUACGAGAAUGUCAUGUCGAAGGUCCUAUUCCAGAGCUAUGUCAUCUGGAUUCUUCCGUCCACCCUUGUUCUGGUCAUGCUUGCACUGGAAGUGGUUGAAUGGGCAGUCUAGGAGAAAUAAUCCGCUUCCGCUCCAGCACAGGAUGAUGUUGCCAUCGCCUUGACGCUUCUUCCAUACUUGAGCGUAUAGCACAGCACACCCACUAACAUAGAGAGAGCCUACAUCUAUUGGCAGCUUUAUCAUCGCAUGUCUAUCGGCGUUUGGGACCCGUAUCGGGCUCAUUGCUUUUGAGUUCUUUUGUGAAUUUCUCUCGGUAUUGGAGUUCUGGGUUUAGGGACAAGAGGCGGCGACGGAUCGCUUCCAAGGGUCGUCACAUGGAUAAACUGUACUUAAGUGACAAGACGAGUCUCGGGGUAAAAGAAAAUGGGGCUCAGUAUACUGUGUUGAUACAAUCGGGGCUUUGAAAAUUUUUUCUUUUUUUUUUGGGGGGGGGGGGGGUUUGUGUAAGCACAUACACGCCUAGAGGGACAGGAAUAACUUACAAAGAAGAGGGAGGAUUGUGGUCGUAUAAAUUAGGCAAGCAAGCAGACAUGGGGGUCACAAUCUCAAGCAAGACCGAAACAGAGUUUUUUUUGUUUUUUUUUGUUGUCAG